ACAGACUUCCAACAGUGUCUGUACGUCCUUACGAAGAGAGGGCAUAACGAUCACUAUAACGGCGUAACCGUUGAUUCAACCGAAGAAUCUUGUGAACCAGAAGUGUUCGCUCAGCGUCUAAAAAUUUCUCUACAAGAGUGGAUAAAAGAUAGAAAGCGCACAAUAUGGUUUCGUGUACAUUUACCACACUCUGAAUGGGUACCAAUACUGGUUAAACAAGGUUUUAAGUUCCAUCAUGCCCGGGAGCAAUAUGUUACUUUAUAUCAGUGGCUAGUCAAAAGUGAAGAAUGUAAUGUUCCACAUUAUGCGCACACCAAUUUAGGAGUUGGAGCAUUUGUAUAUAAUGAAAAAAGUAAUGAAAUCUUAGUUAUCAAGGAAAGAUAUACAUACAGAACCCCAUUCUGGAAACUACCGGGUGGAUAUGUAGAUCCAGGUGAAGAUUUAGAAGCAGCUGUGAAAAGAGAAGUUCUUGAAGAAACUGGUAUUCAGACUACUUUUAAAUGUUUGAUUGGUUUCAGGCAUGCUCAUGAUUUUGCAUUUAGCUGUUCUGAUAUAUAUACAAUCUUUUAUUUGUCUCCCAAUAAUUUUGAUAUUAAAAAAUGUGAUAGAGAAAUUUCACAAUGUCAAUGGAUGAAGUUAACCACAUACCUGGAGCAUUCAGAGGUACAUGAAAAUAACAAGUUAGUUGCGAGAAAAAUGUUGGAAUUUUUUGAGCACAGAAUGGGUAUUACCAUACAGUAUGAGCAACAUCCUGUUUUAAAAAAGCGUAUGGCCAUAUAUACUCUAACAAAAAUCAAUGAUGAACAAACACACCCAUUACAAAAAGAAUCAGAACAUGCGAAAACUCAAAGUUAA